AUGGGUGGUGACACUGGAUACGGCUCUGGCCCUGCCGGUGGCUUCGAGCGCGAGCGUGGUGGAUACGCCGUCCGAGAGCCUCUCGAUCUUCCUACCCAGCCCCCCUACACUUGCCACGUUGGUAACCUUUCUUUCGAGGCCACCGAGGCCGAUAUUUCCGAUCUUUUCGCCGGAUGUGGCGUGACGAAUGUCCGCGUUGUGGAGGACAAGUUAACGAAGGCUCCCAAGGGCUUCGGAUAUGUUGAGUUCGAGACCGUUGAGGGCCUACAGAAGGCCUUGGACCUGUCCGGCUCUUCCCUCCAGGGACGGUCAAUUCGCACUAGUGUCGCAGAGCCUCCCAAAGAGUCUCGCAUGGAAGGCAAGGACCUGGACUGGUCUCGCCGUGGUCCCCUGCCCGAACUUCCCCAGGCUCGCGUGCCCGACCGUUCCAGCUUCGGACGUGGUAUGGAUCCCGCAAUUGAUGCCGGCGCCGACCGUGGUCCUCGCCGCAGCAACUUCGAGUCCGACGGAAAGCCUCGUGACUUCAACAACUGGGAGCGCAAGGGACCCCUUUCGCCCUCCGCCGGUGGUCCUACCCGCGAGGGUGGCCGCCCUAGCAGCAACGAUGGAGCUGGCUCCAGCUUCCGCAGAAACGAGGCCGCCUGGGGCGAGGGCCGGUCCCAGGACGAGGGCUCCCGCCCUCCCCGCCCUGAGCACGUUCGCCCCGAGCCCACACCCACCGCGGCCGACAUGGACAACCAGUGGCGCGCACGCAUGCGCCCUGACGACGCCCCCAAGGAGCAGCCUACCAGCCCCGCUUCCCCUUCGGCCACUCCCGCCGCCCCCGCUAGCCGCCCCAAGUUGAACCUGGCCAAGCGUUCCGUCGCCGAUGGCCCCGCCACACCCACCUCUGGUGGUGACUCCAAGGCCAGCCCCUUCGGUGCCGCCCGCCCCAUCGACACUGCCACCCGUGAGCGUCAAGUUGAAGAGCGACGUCAACUUGCCAUUCGCCAAAAGCAGGAAGCCGCCGAAAAGGCCAAGGCCGAGAAGGCCGAAAAGCACGCCGAAAAGCAAAAGCAACUGAAGGAUGCCGCCCCUCCCGUGGACCACAACGGAAAGGACGUUCUCGAGACCCCCAAGGGCGGUGGUAACUUCGAGAUCCUCCAGCGCGCUGGCGAGGAUGGCGACAUGGCUGCUGAUAAGGAGACCGAAGAGACAGCGGCCGCGCCCGCUGAGGCACAGAAGGAGACCACUAACGGCACUUGGAGAACUCCGGCCGCCGAGGCCAGCGCCGGUGGUGAUGACGAGGGAUGGAGCACGGUCAGCGUGAAGCAGCGCAACAACCGCCGUGGACAGACUGGUCGUGGAUUCGCAUAA